AUGUUUGUAUCAUUUUACGGCCUAGAUUUUUGCAAUAGGCGUGAGUUAAGCAACAAUAACAGUAAUGCUAAUUAUAAUACAAAAUAUCAAAUAACUGAACAGGAAUUGAGUAUAAUUCUUACAAGAGUAUUCGAAAAGAUUGGUCAAACCAACUCAUCUAAAGAAGGCAUUCAAGAAUUAUACACUUUUUUGUUAGAAUAUCCUGAAUAUGGCUUAAAAGUUGAUGCAUUUAUUGCAAGUGCAGGAACAUUUUUUCAUAAAUACAUACAAAAUGCUUUGGCAGAAAUUGCAACGUGUGAAAUGCGAGCUCAUGGAUUGUUGCCAAAAGAAGCCAUCAUCAACAAAAAUAAUAAACUAACCACUACCACUAUGCCAAUACAAAAUGACAAAUCAUUUGAAACUAAUUCAAAUCAUUUUCCAUAUCAUAAUAAUUGCGAAGAAUUACCAAAUUCUGCUUUGUCAAGGUCUACAAUGUCUACACCGGAAUUUAAUUUAUCAGGUAACUUCAGAGAAAAGAUUGCCAGAGAAACCUUUGAACAAACUAGGUCACGUCUUCAUAACAUCUUUCAAUAUGAAAAGUAUAAGAGUGGAUUAAAAAGAUCAAGUCUACCGAGUUUACGUGAACAUAAAAAUAAUAGCGAGAGAUUAGAAUUUGCUAAAAAUAUUAUUGUAUCUCGAAAACAUAAUCGUACAUCUACCUGGGCUAAUGCCUCUUCUCUAUUAUCAUCAACUGAUUUUUUUAUCACUUAUAAAGUAUAA